AGCCGCUCUUGAUAUGUUCUCCCCUGAGUGGGUUGGGAUUGGUGAAGGUGAAUACACCCUGCAGGGGGAGGCCGUUGUUGAUAUGGAGCACGCGUUUUGCCAUAUCCGCCAGAUCUCUGCGAGCACCGCGGUCCAGCAAGAGGUAUACAUCGGAUCCGAUUUGAAGACCAAAGCCCAAGAAAAGCGUAUAAAUCAGGGCAUACACCAUUUUGACACUUCCACAGAUGAUGUUCUUUGAUGCAAGCUCAAGAGAGCUGCUCACUAUAUCAAAAUCGGUUAACAGUACUGGCAGAAAUCAAUUGAAAGGCACUGACAGAUUAGAAACCCUGGGAGGAUGCCAACAAUACUGGCAGAUGAUAUCGCGGUGUAACAGAAUAUUUGGUCCCUGAUGCUACUCAAGCCUCGGGCUGCAAACGAUGUAAUGAUAGUGACAGUGACCCUAAGCAUCAUUUUAGC